AUGGCCGCUCAAGCAGCAACAAAGACUUUUGGUGAAAAACCCAAAUCCUUUCAACUUGAUGAUGGCGGAGAAUAUUAUUACAUCGGAUCAGAGGUUGGCAACUAUUUGCGCCUUUUUAGAGGUUCUUUAUAUAAAAAAUAUCCUUCUAUGUGGCGUCGUCUUGUAACUGUGGAAGAACGAAAGAAAAUAGCAUCAAUGGGUUUUGGUCAGCAUACUUUAGCAACAAAUAUUACCUUACUGAAAGCACCAGAAGUAGAUGAAAUAUUUGAAGGAAAUGAUGACAAAUAUAAAGCUGUUUCUCUAUCAAGUGAUCCAUUCCCUUCAAGAGAAAACAAGUCCAAGCGGAACAAUUGGGUACCAGCUCUUCCUAGCAGUUCUCACCAUCUCGAUGCAGUGCCAUGUUCUACUCCUAUCAACCGAAACCGACUUGGGAAAAAUAAAAUGAGAACAUUUCCACUAUGUUUUGAUGACACUGACCCAUCACAAAUCCAUGAAAAUGCCUCAACUACUGAAGUCUUGAUUCCAAUUCGUCUGGACAUGGAAUUUGAUGGCCAGAAGUUAAGGGAUUGCUUCACCUGGAAUAAGAAUGAGGCAUUAAUAUCACCAGAACAAUUUGCAGAAAUCUUGUGUGAUGAUUUGGACUUGAAUCCUUUAAAUUUUGUCCCAGCAAUUGCACAAGCAAUACGGCAACAAAUUGAAGCUUAUCCUUUAGAUAAUAUUUUAGAAGAACAAGCAGACCAGAGAGUUAUUUUAAAAUUGAAUAUCCAUGUUGGUAAUAUCUCAUUAGUUGACCAAUUUGAAUGGGAUAUGUCUGAAGUUGAUAACAGUCCUGAGGAAUUUGCCAUCAAGCUUUGUGCUGAGUUGGGACUUGGGGGAGAAUUUGUCACUGCUAUUGCUUAUAGCAUUAGGGGCCAACUGAGUUGGCAUCAAAGAACUUAUGCAUUUAGCCGUCAGUCUGUGUCUUUCAGUGAGGCACCUCUGCCCACAGUGGAAGUUGCCAUUCGCAAUCAAAAUGAAGCUGACCAGUGGUGUCCAUUCCUGGAGACCCUCACUGAUGCUGAAAUGGAGAAGAAAAUACGGGAUCAAGAUCGUAAUACUAGGAGAAUGAGGCGACUUGCCAAUACUGCACCAUCUUGGUUUCUGGAACACAGCUCAAAGUCAGAGGUCUUCUUCAGUGGCAAGAAGUCAUAUGAGAUCAGUGAAGCAGUCAUCCCUUGCCUGCCGCCUUCUCCAUUCAAUCAUUUAGCUAUCAGUCUCAACCUCCCUCACUUCUUCGUUUCAAUCUACUCCUACCUUUCUUUUUCUUGUUUUAUGGUUUGUCCUUUUUGGUCACCUUUCUUCUCUCCACAAAAGGAGGUUUUGUUUUCUCUUUAA